AUGGCACCUGAAUUGGAUGACAAGACAUCUACUAAAUAUGUGUAUUUCCACUCAGGCUCCGAAGCAACAUAUCGGAAGGUGUCCGAAAAGCCGACGGGAUUCACAUCAAUCCCCACGGUAGAUGUAAGCAAAAUAGAUGGUUCUCUGGAGCAACGGAAAGCCAUCGCAGCAGAAAUCCGCGGCGCCUGUGAAGAGUGCGGCUUUUUCUACAUCAAGAACCACGCGAUCCCACAGGAAGAGGUAGACGAGGUGUUUGGGCUUUUGAAGCGCUUUUUCGCCCUCGACACAGACGUCAAGAUGGAUGCGCAUGUGCAGAAGAACCCUGCGAUCAGGGGCUACGAACCCAUGCUGGAGACGAGACUGGAUCCCAGAACGCAGGGCGACGUGAAAGAGGCAUUCACAAUGGGCGACUGCUACCUCGAGCCCGAGCAAGACUACGCUGGCAAGACCGGACUGCAGCCCCCGGCGUACGUGACGCGGCCGCAGAACAUCUGGCCCGGCGAGGCGCCGUGGUGGCGCGAGGGCCUGUACAAAUACUACAACGCCGUCCUCCCGCUUGCCAUGAAGCUUGUGCGUAUCCUCGCGCUGGCCUUCGAGUUGGAGGAGACGGCUUUCGACGACAUCUUCCGCUUCCCCAUCACGGGAAUGCGCCCGCUGCAUUACCCACCCACGCCAAUCACCGAGAACGCAAACAACGUGGGCCUGGGGGCUCACGCCGAUUUCUCCUGGCUCACCCUGGUCCUCCAGGACUCCGUCUCCGCCCUCGAAGUCCUCAACCAGGACGGCAUGUGGGUGGAUGCCCCGCCGCAGAAAGGUACCUUCGUGUGCAACGUCGGGCAGUACCUCGAGCGGCACACGAACGGGACGUUUCCCGCGACCGUGCACAGAGUGAGAAACAAGACGGCGCAGGAGCGGUACUCGCUGCCGUUCUUCCUGACGCCGGAUGCGGAUGCGGAGAUUGAGCCGCUGGAGUGCUGCAAAGCAGACGGAGAGCAGAAGUACGAGAAGAUUAAUGUAGGUGAUUUGUAUAUCAGGAGGAUAUUGCCAGCAAGGAGGAAACACCCUACGAGUAUCCGGUAUCUGGACGUGCCGCAAGAGGAGUGGAGCUAUAAGAUGCUCCUGUCGUGA